GCGAAGGCGCGGGCGCGAAAGGGCCCAGACCCACCAAGGGGCCGGCGGGCAGCGGCGGCGGCAGCGGCGGCGGAGGCCGGUCCUCGGGCCGGGACACACCCACCCGCCCGCCCUCCCGCUUUCCCUCGUUCCCUCCCUCGUUCCCUCCCUCUCUCCCGCCCGCCCGCCCUCGCUCCUCGCUCGCUCCUUCCCCCUCGCCCGCUCCCGCUUCCCGCGGCGCCCGGCCUCCCGCUCCGCCUCCCCGUGCGCGGCUCUCCCGGGCGCGGCUCCGGGGUUCAUGGUGACGAGGCGGCGGCCGCUCCAGCCCAGCGGCGGCGGCCGGCGGCGGCGGGAGCGGGGGCGCGGGCCCGGGCCGCCUCUCCCAGAGAGCGGGGACGGGCGGCGGGCGCGCCCAGGCGGCGGCGGCGGCGAGCGCCCCCCCCGGCCCGCGGCCCCGCGCGCCCCCCGCGCCGCGCGCCCGUGCGCCUGGCUGCCGGGGGGCCGGGCCGGCGGGCUGCCGCCGUGCCGCGCACCCAUGGACGGCCCGGCCAUCAUCACCCAGGUGACCAACCCCAAGGAGGACGAGGGCCGGGCCCCGGGCGCCAGCGAGAAAGCAUCCCAGUGCAACGUCAGCCUGAAGAAGCAGAGGAGCCGCAGCAUCCUCAGCUCCUUCUUCUGCUGCUUCCGUGAUUACAAUGUGGAGGCUCCGCCAGGCAGCAGCCCCGGUGUUCUUCCGCCGCUGGUGGAGGAGAACGGCGGGCUUCAGAAGCCACCAGCUAAAUAUCUCCUUCCAGAGGUGACGGUGCUUGACUAUGGAAAGAAAUGUGUGGUCAUUGAUUUAGAUGAAACAUUGGUGCACAGUUCAUUUAAGCCUAUUAGUAAUGCUGAUUUUAUUGUUCCCGUUGAAAUCGAUGGAACUAUACAUCAGGUGUAUGUGCUGAAGCGGCCACACGUGGACGAGUUCCUCCAGAGGAUGGGGCAGCUGUUUGAGUGUGUGCUCUUUACUGCCAGCUUGGCCAAGUACGCAGACCCUGUGGCUGACCUGCUGGACCGCUGGGGUGUGUUCCGGGCCCGGCUCUUCCGAGAAUCGUGUGUUUUCCAUCGAGGGAACUACGUGAAAGACCUGAGUCGCCUUGGGCGGGAGCUGAGCAAAGUGAUCAUCGUGGACAAUUCUCCUGCCUCGUACAUCUUCCAUCCUGAGAAUGCAGUGCCUGUGCAGUCCUGGUUCGAUGACAUGACAGACACGGAGCUACUGGACCUCAUCCCCUUCUUUGAGGGCCUGAGCCAGGAAGACGACGUGUACAGCAUGCUGCACAGACUCUGCAGUAGGUAGCCCCGGCCUCUGCCCGCCUCUCGCCUGUGCACCCCGGAACCUCAGCCUCGGGACCCGCCUGGCCUCAGCUCCCCAGGAGCUAAGAGGGAGGACACGCCAUACUCCAGGCCACGGGGCGAAUGUGGCCAUACCUACCUGGUUUAUUUUUUAAGAACAGAAACAACUAUUUUAAAAUGAACUCUUUUAACGAAUUUCGUAAAGGGACAUGCAUUUUACUGGAUUUGCUUUUCUUAAAACAUACCAAAAAGGAAAAAAAUGGGAAAAAAAAAAAAGCUUGAUAUCUAUCAGACUUCCUUUCAACUGUCCUCCCCUCCAGCAGACAGCCUGUCCCCUUCUACCCCAGCUCAGAGUAGCUGACCCAACUCAGAAUCUCUUUCCUACAGGAUGAAGUGCCUUUUUGAAUGUUAUUUUAAGCUGAGAGUUAAUUUUUCUACACAACGUAUUUCCAGACAUCUUUUAGUCUUUUAUUGUCUUAGCUUCUCUAAGAAGAUAAAUAUGACAAUUUUCUAAAACCUGGAAGGUGGGAGGGAGGUGGGUGGUAAGGGAUGGGGAUGAGUCAUAGGAGCCUGUCUCCCAGCCGGUGUGCUGCUCCGACCGCCUGUGGCAUGCCACAGGGUCAGGCCCCUGCUAGUGAUGGUGUCAGUGUGUGCAUUCAUUUCUGACCCAGUUUGGAAUGUAUCCGCAAUCGUGUGGCUCAAUGCUUUAGGAAACGAUAGAUCCUUUUAUAUUAUUAUUUCUGACGGUGACAAAUUUGUCUUGAGGUCACAGUUUCCCCUUGAAAAGUGGCAUCAUGUCACUUCCGCUUUCACACUACUGCCAUACUUCUGUAUGUUUUUGGUUUGGUUGUUGUUGGUAGAGAAGUUCUAAGAAACUCUAAAACCCUUGGAUAGUUAAAAAAAAAUCUGUUGAUUGAUUUUUAAAUCUGUCCUUUCCAAAAGCUGGAUACCCGUGGAGCUGUUUGGGAAUUUUCUUUGCUGCUACCGCGCUGCCACCAAAUGGAAUUGACCAGCGGCUGUUACACUGUUC